GUUUAACGCCAAUUGUAGGCGCAAACACUAGAAGUCCCUACCUUCACGACGUUACGAGCGGGAGGAUCCAGAUGUGUGUCUUGGAGCAAAUGACACUUCUUUCAACAACAUGUUUUGCGGCCUUCAUUUGCCAUCACCACAUUCCUCACAAUCCCGUGCUACGCCCCACCAUUUCUUACACGCCUUGGACUUCUCCACAUCCGGAGAACCCCCAUGGUCGUUAGCACGACUCCUAGGCGUUCUCGGCACCUAUGGUAGGCGGCACGCAUGUCUCCUGAUGGAUCUCUAGUAAAGCUAGAUCGCGGGGCUCAAGAGGCGUUCACGCGGAUAAAAAAGCAUGAUUGACUCCCAGAUCAGAAUUCGACUGACACUCUACGCUUUUCCUUUGGGAAUUUACAAAUACAGACGGAGUUCAUUCCUUUAGUUAAGUUAUGGCGGACUCCGAGAAACCAUGGACGAUCAUAGUGGGCGCUGGGCCCUCCGGACUUCUACUGGGUGUGAUGCUCGCGAAAAAAGGCGUGAGAGUACACAUUGUGGAGGCUUCUGCAGAACUGGAUGACUCUCCUCGUGCGGCAUACUAUGGUCCACCUGCUGCGUAUGAAUUACGGCGUGCUGGUGUCAUCGACGACAUUCGCGGCGAAGGCUUCGAUCCGGAAAUGACAUCGUGGCGGAAGCUCGACGGCACUUUUCUUGCUGGCCUUGACAACAGUCUUCUGCACGAUUAUCCCGACCGUAUAGCAUGUCUUCCUCUGGCUCAGCUUGAUCGCCUGCUGUACAGACACGCUAUUGCUCAACCGACGCUCAAAGUGUUCUUCAACCAUAAAGUCCUGGACAUUGGUCAGGACGCAGACAAAGCAUGGGUCGAUGUAGAGACACCGAAGGGUGAGAAGCGCUUAGAGGCCACCUACAUUGUUGGAUGCGAUGGAGCCUCCAGCGCUGUGAGAAGGUGUCUGUACGGGAAGGAGUUUCCGGGCUGGACCUGGGACAAACAGAUUGUCGCGACGAAUGUGGCUUACCCUUUUGAAAAAUAUGGCUAUGACGAUGCCAACUUUUUCAUUCACCCAGAGCAUUGGCAUAUGGUUGCGCGACUCACUAAGAAUGCCGACGGCAGUGGAUGGUGGCGAGUGAGCUAUGGCGAGCUUUCAGGUCUUACGCGCGAAGAACUGAUUGCUCGUCAACCUAUGAAAUUCGAGGCAAUGCUACCAGGAAAUCCCAAGCCUGAUCAAUACGAUCUUGCCGCUAUCAGUCCUUACAAGAUUCAUCAGAGAAUCGUGGACAAGAUGAGAGUGGGAAGAUUUUUACUUGCAGCUGAUGCCGCACACCUAAACAACCCCUUUGGAGGUCUUGGCCUAACAGGUGGGUUGACGGACAUCGGAGGCCUGUACGAUUGCCUGAUUGGCGUUUACGAAGGCCAGGCGGACGAGAGCAUUCUCGACAAAUACUCGGAAAUGCGUCGAGAGAGGUUUUACGCCGUCACAGACCCAAUCUCCACAGACAACAUCAAGCGGCUGUUCGAUCAAGAUCCGGACAAAGCUUUGGAAAAUGACGAGUUCCUCAAAGUGGUCAACAGCAUGCAAGGCAACACCGAGGCUCUGAAAGAGUUUAUGAAGUCUCCCAUGGCACUGCGGUAUGAUUUUACCCAGCACUACAAGACCAACCAAACGACAGGAGGUCAGGAGAAUGGAACGAAAACCGGGGUCAUAUCACAUGUUGAACAAAUUGCCCCCGGGAUCUCGGACUGAUCAAGAGUCGUAUACUUCUUUUCGUUCCAAUGUCGAGCCACGGGAUUAUGUAUAUGAUACCACAAUGAUUUAUUUCAUGUGCUGCCACCU